AUGACAUCUGUUGCGAGCACUCUCGUAACGCCUCGCGAGAAGGGCGAGACGGACCGGGAGUCUACCACUUCGCCGUCGAUGCUUGAUGAGACCGUUGAGAAAAAGGAGGAGGCCGGCGGGGCCACCGAUGAAGAGGCGGGCUCAGCACAGCCUACGGAGGCGAAGGAGGCCGUCUACCCCACCGGUAUCAGGCUUACUUUCAUCGUCGUCGCUCUUGUCCUCAGCAUCUUCCUUGUUGCUCUGGAUAUGACCAUCGUUGCAACCGCCAUCCCCAAGAUUACCGACGAGUUCCGCGGUCUAGACCAGGUUGCUUGGUACGGUUCCGCAUUCUUCAUGUGCGUUGCUGCCUUCCAGUCGACAUGGGGUAAGGCAUACAAGUACUUCCCGCUCAAGACUUCCUUCCUGCUCUCCAUCUUCAUCUUUGAGAUUGGCAGCCUCAUCUGCGCUGUCGCGCCCAACUCUGUCGCCCUCAUCGUUGGCCGCGCCAUUGCCGGCGUCGGUGCCGCUGGCAUCGGCUCCGGUGCCUACACCAUCAUCGGCUUCUCCGCCCCGCCCGACAAGCGGCCUACCUUCACAGGCAUCGUCGGCGCCUCUUACGGCAUCGCAUCCGUCGUCGGUCCCCUUAUUGGCGGUGCCUUCACCGACCAUGUCAGCUGGCGCUGGUGCUUCUACAUCAACCUCCCUAUCGGAGGUGUCUCUGCCGCCAUCAUCCUCUUCUACUUCUCCACCCCGCCACAAGCCGUCCCCGUCAAGGCCAGCAUGCUCGAGAAGUUCCUGCAGAUGGAUCUCAUCGGUACCGCUCUUAUCAUGGGCGCCACCAUCUCCUUCCUGCUCGCCCUGCAGUGGGGAGGCCACACCCACCCUUGGAACUCGUCCACCGUCAUCGGCCUCUUCGUCGGCUUCUUCCUCAUCAUCAUUGCCUUCGUCAUCCUUGAGUGGUACCAGGGCGAGCGUUCCAUGAUCGCGCCCCGCCUGAUCAGUGACCGCACUGUCUACAUCUCUUCCAUUUACGCCUUUUUCUUCGCCGGCGCUUACUUUGUCCUGGUAUACUACCUGCCCAUCUACUUCCAGUCGGUCGACAAUGCCUCCCCGACCGAGUCUGGCGUUCGUAACCUCCCACUCAUCAUCGCCGUCACCAUCGCCACCAUCACAUCUGGUGUCUCCAUCUCCAUGACCGGCAUCUACACCCCCAUCCUUGUCGGUAGCGCCGCUGUCGCCACCGUCGGCGCCGGCCUGCUCUACACCCUGGACAUCGGCACCGGAAGUGACAAGUGGAUCGGGUACCAGGUCCUCGCCGGGCUGGCGUGGGGCGCCGGCUUCCAGGUCCCCAUCAUCGCUAUCCAGGGCACUGUCAGCGAAACUGACAUGGCCUCCGCCACCGCUGUUCUCCUCUUCUUCCAAACCGUCGGUGGAGCCUUCUACGUUGCCGCCGCGCAGUCGGGCUUCCUCGUCACCGUUCUCAAGAAAGUCGCCGAGAACGUGCCGAGCGUCGAUCCCGCCCUUGUCGCCAUCACAGGUGCCACCCAGAUCCGCGAAGCCUUCCCCCCCGAGGCCGUCCCUGGAGUCAUUCAGGCCUACAUGGACGGCCUCAAGAUCGCCUUCGCCCUGGCUAUCGUCGGCGCUGGUGUCUCUUUCCUCGUGUCACUCGGCUCGAGGUGGGGCAAGCUCAACACCAAAAACCUGGCCGGUGCUGCUUGA